CAUUCCGUCGUUGGCUCUGGUGGCGCGCGGUUGCACUUUGCUCGACAUCGUACGCGAUUCGCUCUCCGCGUUCCGUGUGAGGUGUGAGGCAAAAAAUAGUAGUAGGCCGCUGCAGUUUGUUUUUAUGCAACCUGCCGGCUAAUUAGUGCGCUCGUUGCGAGUGAAGUGCAGAGAGCAGCGAACAGCAGUUGCAGUGCAAGUUCCGAUCGCGACGGACGUGAUUCUUUCUCCUGCUUCGUCAGCUGUGUCCCGGUUUUCAACAGUAAGUGUCGAUGCGGUGAGGAGCUACUACGAACCUUGGUUUCGAGCGAGGACUUCGGGAAAGUCGGUGGCACCUCAACAUUUUCGAAAGUGAUCCGCUCCACUCCGGGGUCCCUAAGAGAGUGUGAUGAUGGUGCCGGUGGACCUGAUUCGAUCUGCUACUGCUGCUGCUGCUACGGGCGCUUCGGGAGGACAACGACAUCGACAGCCAGAAGGACGCUGCAUCAGUGGCAGCACGGAAAUGCAAUUAACGAAGAAUUUGGUGCAAAUAAAGUGAAAACGUGUGUCGUUUGGUUGAUUUAUGAGAUUUGCAUUUUGUGUAGAGGACCGCGCCGCAGUUUGAAAAGAUUUCGUAUUUUACUUCUUUUUUUUAUAACACUGAAAUUUGAAACGAUAAAACGAAAGAAGCCUACCGAGCUGACUAAACGCGAGCGUGUGCCGAUUCCGGAGAAUAUUGACUGGCGCAUUGCGAAGGGAUAUUUGCCACUAAGAGCAGUGAGUUUCGUCCUAAAUGUGCAGAUUGGUGGUUUGUAAGACAAUCAUGUGAAGAAAUAUUUUGCUGCUGUUGACUCGUGCCAUAAUACGCAAACGUUGAACGUGAGCAAAGAUUGAAGAUGUUGUACACGCUCGGUGUAGUGAAAUUGAUCCUAAUCCAACACCUGAUCGGUGCAUCACUCACGUUGAACGCCGGCACUGGAACGAUUGCGAUCAACCGGAGACACACAGACAACCUGCUAAUCGCGCGGUGUCGUUCCAAAUGUACGAACACAUUCGACAAAAUGAUGUGUGAAAGUUCCUGUAUUCGUAAUUUUCUGGAAAACUCGUCGUACAAAAAGUACGGUGACUGCCCGAAGGAUCCUUUGAAUAAACUGGAGUCGAUCUGUCUCAUCAACACCUGCCAGAAUACCGAUUACCACUGUCCGGGGGUGGAGAAAUGUUGCUCCCAUUCGUGCGGCAUGAGCUGCCAGAGUCCGGUGGGACUGGAGAAGGUUCGUGGCUUACCGCCGGUUCCCUUCCACGUGACACUCCGGGAGGCUGGCCGGAGCUUCCGAAUAGCUGAGAUCCAGUGGGAAAUUCCACUGGAGGAAGAACUGUCCAGUGCCAUUUACUUCGUGGUCGAAUCUCGGCAUCACAUCGGAAUCAGUUUCGCCGAACGGAAGAUGGAAAACGAUUGGCAGUACCACACGCCCACGAUCAUCUACGAGGUCGGUCGACCGGGUAGUCUGAAGCGUUACGUUGGCGAAAUGAAACUGAAACCGGGCCGCUGGUAUCAGGUGCGAGUUGCCGCGGUGAACGAACUCGGUUCCAAAGGGUACUCGGUUGUAUCGAAGGAGUUUCAGCUGAGUAAAAGACCGAAUGCGCCACAACCACCCAAGAAUCUCACGUUGGGACCGUUAGUGUUGAACGCUAAUGGGACGUACAACAGAAAAAUUACCUGGUCUCUGCCACGGUCUGAUCUCCCGGUGGAAAAGUACAAAAUUAGUUGGAGUCUGUAUCUGAAUGAGAGCAGCGGUGCACGGAUGGGGAAUUCGUCACUGUUCAAGGAGACGGCCACUGUCUCGGCGCCUACCCGCCAUUACGAGAUUAAAGGACUGCAGCCGAAUAUGUAUUAUUAUCUGCAGAUACAUGCAAUCAGCGUGUACGGAAAACGGCGACUGAAGUCACUGGCCAACAGUGAAUUUAUGUACAUCUCUGCAGAUGCAGGUGGAGCUGUGAAGUUGCCCAGUAUGCACAAUAUGCAAAUGGAUGAUGCAAGCUAUCACCGUCGGACCAAGUCUGGCCUCCCCACGCAGGGUUUGAAUUACAAGUUCGUAGCACGCAAAACGGGCCUGGCGGUACGGCUCACCUGGCCGGAGAAGAGCCUCGCUGGACGCUACCGGUUACACUUAUGCCGAGGGAAUCGUGACUGUCUCACAAAGUCUAUGGGCUCCAGCUCGCACGAAGUCGUAGUCAAGCAGAAAACCUCCUACGAGUUCUCCCGUCUAGACUACGACACCAAAUAUACGGUUGGCCUCAGCCACAACAACCGCAGACGUGUCGCUGCGUUGACCGAAAAGAAGAAUCGCGGUCAGCACCAAACAGGAUCUCAUUCCGGAGCCGGCGUUUCGACAGGAGGAUACGAUAACGUAAGGACCUUUGUCACACCGAAGUGUAACCACUUUCGGAAGACACAUUCGGCGCUGCAGCUUGCGUGUCCAUGUGAAUUUGCAGUCCCGCCAUUACUUGCCCACUUGAAUUCUACUUAUAUUGAUUAGAUAUUGGGCUUCUUAUUGUGUUUGUUUGUUGUCAGUUUAAUUAGCUUAUUUUGUUAUUUUUUACGCUGAGCUGCUGCCAUUUUUUUGCAAUAUAGGAAAGAAUUUAGCUGAUCAAUCAACAUACAAAUGUGAAUAUACAAUAAAGAUAGUGUGCAUUUAUGUAGUAACAGAGAA